AUGUCCCUCUGGGAGCCUGGACUUCCAACCUGUCUUUGGUUGCUGCGCCUAACAGGGAACUCACUCCUACCUGGGAUUCGCCAGAGCCAGAAGAGAGAAUUCCCUCCUGGGCCUGGAGGCUGGACCAUGGAUCUCCAUCCAAGUUUGAGGGCUUUGGCAUGGACCUUGGAAGAGCUCAAUCUGGACAAGGGAGAUGGUGUCCCCCAGGGCCAAUCCCAGCCCCACGGCGCCCGUUCCCCUCACCCCACCCACCUCCCAACCCCAGCUGCUCCAGCUGUAACGGCUGUAGCCAAGGCUGUCGCAAGAAGCAACGUUCUCCUGGCUUGGAGCAAGGCUCGGGGAGGGAACCAACGGAUCCAUCUGAGGAAGAGGCGGGCGGGGGCACCCAGGGACACCCAGAGCCCAGCUGGGGUGGGAGUCCAGUUUGUCCCUGCCCCCCCCCCACCCCUGGUGUGUGGCCACAGGCAAGUCAACCCCCAUCUCUCCCCUCUUGGCAGGUUCCCCACUUUGUUGAGUUAA